AUGCCGGAACCGGUGAUCGGCCACAUGGGCCGACUUGUGUCCAAUGACGACCAGACAGCUAUGUUUGCAGGGUCGUCAACGGGCGUGCAUUUUAUCAGCCAGGCUGAGCAGCAGUUGCAAAUGCUACGGAUCCACACCGAAACGUUCCCAAGCAGCAUCUAUAGUAUUUAUCUUCACAACAUAUGGGGCCCAUCGCCCAAGGGUCUGGAGUCGCAGGUUGUCGCUGCUAUGAUCUCCCAACUUCCGCUUGAUGCUGCUGGUAUCCUCGAGGCGACCAUCGACCACUGGACACCAUUGUAUCCGAUUGUACAUAAACACUCCACCGUUGAGGCUUUACAUCGGCUGAAUGAUGACCCUGAACACGGCGAUAUCAGUUUCUUGUACCAGGUUCUAGGUCUACUUGCUCUAGGAACAUUGGGACAUCCAGGCUCCUGCGUUCAGAGCCACCGGCAUUUCCUCUGCCUUUCUGAAAAAUACUAUGCCAUAUCCGCUGCGUUGGUGAAUCAGCUUCAGGAUCGACCGUCUUUACCGACGCUCCAAGGGUUAGAGAUUGCCCAGAUCUAUCUCCAGCUAUCAUCUCGCUACUCAGCUGCGUCGCAACUAGGAGGCAUGGCUACAAGAAUGGCACAGAACCUUGGACUACAUCGCCACUCUCAGAGGUUCAAAUUCGAUCCUUUGGAGACAGAACUCCGGCGGCGCGUGUGGUGGUGCCAAUACUCUCUUGAUACAUUCUCCAGCGCUUACCAUGGAAUGCCAAGGUUGAUACGCGACCAGGACGUGGACACAGACUUACCCUCCCGUGUUGACCACGACCAAGUAUCGCGUGAGAGCGUGGUCUUCCCCUUACCCGGCGAAAGAUCCCAAGUCGACACGGCUCUCUGCAUGUUCAAACUUGCAGUCAUUGUGGGAGAAGCUCUGGAGAAGUUGUACUCGACGACUAGACGGCGCGGCGGGAUAGCGAAAAUUACACAACUGCAAGCUGAACUUACAUUGUGGGAGCGGAUGUUACCAACAGACAAGCUCGCAGACUUGGAAGACGAUGGCGCUGACUUGCCCUUGACGGUUUCGAUCGACAACUUCGAGGUGGCUUUCCUACGCACUGCAUUCUACAACGCAACGGUGCAUGUCCAUCGGCCUGCACUUGCUUUCACAACCGCCGAUCCUCAAUUUCAAGUUUCUCUGCAGGCAUGCGGUCGUGCUUCGGUUGAGCUGAUAAGACUGACUGCUGCGGUUGUGUUGGGCUCGGCCGUGGAGAUGGAUGCCCCAAGGAUAGAUUCCAUCAUCAUCGCACAUCUCUAUCCAAACGGGUUGCACAUGUUGUGGCAGGCGGGUCUGACAAUAUUGUUUGCGAGGUGGAAAGGCCACCCACUCGCUGGAGACGAGGAGGCAGAAGACUUGGUGAAGACAUGCGCUACAACUUUACGUCAUUUAAGAGCUGACGACUCCAACGGGUACAUCACUCAAUGUGCCGACGUUCUCGACAUGCUCCGGACGAAGACCUUCUCAGCUAGAGAAGCCCAACAGCCGGUACUUGACCAGCUGCAAUGGAAUGUCUGGGAUUGGCCGAUGGCAUCGGCGCUGGAGCUCGCAAAUACCUUGGAUGCCAUGCCAUUGGACCUUCAAUUCGAACCAAGCAUGGGCUUAUGA